CCUUAUGUCACCAUGGCGUCACCGCUGUUGACUGCUGCUUUGGGGAUCGGGCGCUUUCGUUCGUCUGAGCGUGUUUACACACUAGUGACAUAGCUUGAAGUUUUCCGCCCACUUCAUCCAUUUACUUCCUCGUUCUGCGCUUGCAAAAUGCGCGAACCGCCGGACUGAUCUCACAAGAUAUGCAGGCGCGCGUGCCAGUUUACUCGUGCUUUGGGCCACUGCGACAGGCAGUCAGCCCGCAUGUUUACACAGGAAGGACACGUUUCAGCGAAACUCGUAAUGGUGGCUUUCUACUUGCUGGGAGCUGCACUGACGAUUGCCGUUUCGACCGCAGGAGAUUACAUCACGGAUCUCAGCAGGCUUCCAUGGCUUCGCGCGCUGGCUGACAAUGCGACGCACGGUUUGGUCGCAUUACUAUGCUGGAUAAUGGUUUCGGGUCGGCCGCUGCAAAAGGCAAGCGUGCAAGACAGCUUACUGAGCGGCUUGUUUGGCUGUGCCGUCGAUGUUGAUCACUUUCUGGCCGCAAGAUCUCUGAACAUAGAGAAUGCCACGAGCCUGAAGACGAGACCGUUUCUACACUGCAGCUCAGUCGUGCUUGCAAGUUUGUCAGCUGUUGCACUCUUGGGAAAGCUAUUGGGACUGGCACAGGUCUACAAAGUAGCACUGAUCGCUUUAGUGGCAGUGGCAUCGCAUCACCUGAGAGACUCUAUACGAAGAGGCUUGUGGCUGUGGCCCUUUGGCAGUACAAGCCCUCUGAAGUUGUACGUCUACUACAUUGGACUUGCGUGCACGGUGCUAAUUGCGAUGGCGGCCAUGAGGUACAUUCCCCAACAGAGAAGCACUACCGACAUGCCUCUAGUGAGAAUUGUGUAAACCGUUUCAAAUAAAAGCCACAAAAUCACUUUUGCAUCCUCAA